UUGUAUCUAGUGGACACAAAGAAGUUAGCAAAGUUGAGCCGAGACCGAAAGCAUUGAAGGACAUGUCAACACGGCGCCAUUUGCCAGAAGUAGCGUUUCAUGACUGUGAUUAAGUGGAAAAAUGUGUUCUCCCCGCACCUGAGGAUGGACCAGGACUCAGAUAAUAUUCUAAAUGAGAUUGACAACCUCCUCACCAAACUUGAGACUCUUCCCAAUGAUGUUCGUCUCCAAGCACUCAGGAAACUCUCGCAGAAGGUCUCGGUGCCGCAGUCAAGAGGAAGAGGAAGAGGAAGAGGGAGAGGUAGAGGACGAGGAAGGGGAGCAGUCACUACCUCAUCCCCUCCUGCCCCUGCCUCACCUUUCCCUGAUGAACUCCUUGUGGGGCUAGUUGGCGGUGAAGUAGAGGCACCCCAGCAGCACAAGUUUCCUGAAGGAGAGGCAGAUGGAGGCCAGCAUAGUGUGAGGGGGAAGGGUGGCAGCAGGACAAAGUGGCAAGGCAGGACCCUGGCUGUGGAGGAUGUCAUUGUGUCUGGUCGGCGCUCCACCAAGAGAGUGGACUACAGACAGCUGGCGGAGUUUGGCCACAGUGGUGAUGAGGUGGAAGGAGGAGACACAGAGACCAGGCAAGAGUCGCCAGAACUCACCACUACCUCAACCACCACCACCACCACCACCACCACCACCACCCCAAUGGUAAAGAAGAAGCGAGGUCGGCCAAGGAAAAACACACAACCGAACCCAUCAAUAGUAAAGGAGAAAGGUUUGGAAUUCCCCACACCUCCACUGGACACAGGUUUGGAUCCCCUUGUCUACACAUGUGCUGAGGCUGCCACUCCCACGCCUGCUGCUGGGGUUCCUGAGGGUGACGAUGGUGGUGGUGGUGGUGGUGCAGAGGAGGCCCAGCAAGCGGAUGGCCUGGACUUACUGGAGAGCUGCCUGAAGGAGAGUGGCAUAAAGGCAGUGGACACAGACCCACAGGGGAGGAAGAACCCUGAAAUCCCUGACACGCCUGACCUGAAGGGCAUUAUUGAGGUGCAGGAGGAGGAAGAGCAGGAGGAAGAGGAGGAGGAAGAAGAAGGGAGUGCGUCACAUGAGCCUGAUGUCAAGUUAGAGGAGUUUGACGUGUAUGAUGAGCUGGCAGAGAAGGAGGAGGUGUAUGUGUGUGACAGUUUGGAGUCUGUCAGUCAUGUUCCGAAGAAGAGCAACGUGAAGUCUCAGUUCAAAUGUGACCAGUGUGGAAAAAUGUACUCCACACUUUCUAUACUAAAGUCGCACAAGAUCCGCCACAGGGACAAGAAGGACCUCCCAUUCCACUGUGACAAAUGCAGCUUCACGGCCGCAUCCAAGAUAGAAUUGUUCAGACACUCGUACAAACACUCGGACACGCAGCUCUACAUUUGUGAGAUCUGCGGUAACACGUCCGAUACCAGCCUCAGGGAGCACAUAGAAUACGUUCACACUAGCACACGCAAGCUUAAGUGUGCACAGUGUGGCUACGUGACCAACAGACGGCAGACGAUGCGCAAACACCUGCUGACCCAUAACGGGAUGCGGCCCACCAUUGCCUGUCCCAUCUGCGGCGUCACCUUCAGGAACAAACGCAACCUGAAGACACACCUGUUCUCACAUGUCGGAGCGAAGCCAUUUGAGUGUGACGAGUGUGGCAAGAAGUUUAUCCUGAAGAACCGUCUGGUGGUGCACAAACAGCAGGUACAUGGACCCAGGAACCACAAAUGUCCUGACUGCAUUAAGACCUUCCCCACAUACCACCACCUGCAGCGUCACUUGAGGGUGCACACCGGGGAGAAGCCUUACACCUGUUGCUUCUGCCCCUUCACCUGCAACACUCAGGGCAACCUCAUCAAGCACAUCCGCCAGAUUCACGAGAAAGUCAGCUUCUCUUACAAGGACUGCCUGCGUGUGAAUGGCAGUGUGCCGGAGGUGGAGACGGUGGGUGCCGGGGAGAUGAGGAAGCUGAGUGAGGAGGGCCGGGAGAUGGCACAGCGACUCCUGCCAGCCCUGGAGGAAUACACGGGCCAGUCACUCUCUCUGGACAAACUGAUGCAGCAAGUGAAGAAGGAGAAGGAGGCUAAGGCACAGUACAUACAAGACCAGCUGAAUCGUAAGAAGAAACGUAGCACAAGAAAACCAACAGGAGGAGGAGGAGGAGCCAAGCCACUAUCAUCACUGGGAGAGGACAGCAAGAUGACCCUUUAUGCUGUGUCUGGCGAGGCGGGAGGCAGCAGCGGGACCAUAGAGCCUCUCAUAGAUGACCAGGUGUACAUAGAAGAUGGGCUGGCUAACUUAGGGGAGAGCCAGUACCUCCUGACGCAGCCUGACGAUGGAGGGUGUGUCAUGAUAAUACCGUGGGAUGUGUCGCUCAUUGGGGAGGACGAGGCUGCCUGGGGGAGUGAACGCAGGGAGGUGAAGGCUGAAGGUGAUGUGAUAGAUGUCAAAGAAGCCAAAGAGGAAGUAUCAGGGAGUAUUGCCAACUUAGAAUCAGCACUUGAACUUAGCGCCAGGUGUAAGGAGGAGAGGGCGAAGGAGGAGGCAGAGAGAGGCACUGGGAAGGUGGUGGAGGUGAGGGAGUUAGUUGGGAGUCUGGCUGGGGCACUCACCACCAAAAGCAAGCCUUCUAAUGUGACCAGCAGGGAGAAAGACUUCCAGAAAUGCUUCCCAGAGUCCAUACAGGUGAUUGCCUCCAAUGAGCCAGUGGACGACCCCUCCCCUCAGUGCUCCAACCUUGUCCUGCCAGAGGGAUACAUCUUUGACCCCACCAGCCAGGUCAUCCACCUUCCUGAUGGGGUGCUGGACGCUGACCUCCUCCUGCGGCAGACAGUGAGAGGGACAGAGGCACCAGAAGUCACCAUUAACAAGAUCACCAGCAAUGUGUACUCCUUAAUGAGCCAGGGAAGUAAUGGUGAUACUGGGGAAACCUUCGUCAUCACCACGCAAGAUGGGGAGGAGGAGGAGGAGGAGGAGGAAGAGGUGGAGGUGGUGGGCAGGGCAGGAGCAGUGGAAGUGGCUCCAGCGAGGGUGGACCUUCACUCUGAGGAGGAGGAGGACAGGCAGGCAGCUCUUGUCCUGAUAGUAAAUGCUGAGGAUCUUGACAACUGAAAGACUUGUAUUCUCAAAUACUUCUGGACUUCUCCUCCACUAUUUAAAAAGGCUUUAUUUAAACUGGCACAUUUUUUUAAGGUGUUUUUAUGGCUCUAGUGGCAGAGUGACAAGAUUUUAACAUUAUUAACUGGAGAAACACUCUUGAAAAUUCUGCUAAUCAUCUCUGCGGCCUUGGAAAGCGGUCAUGUUGAAAGAGCAAAGCGGUUUUUAAAGUGUUUUUACGGUUCUAGAGGCAGAGUGACAAGAUUUUUACAUUAUUAAGUGGAGAAACACUCUUGAAAACUCUGCUAAUCAUCUCUGUGGCCUUGGAAAAGAGUCGUGGUGAGAGAGCUAAGUAUUUCUAAAUAUGGACCAAGUUGUUGUCUAGUCACUCCUAUGCACAGACAGCCUCCCAUCACACCCUUACUCCCACACACCCCCAAUUACUCCCACAAUCCCCAGUCCACCCAGACAUACCCCAACACUUCCCAUCUAAACUUUCGUCUCCCCACACACUCAAACACACACUCACCCCACAUCUAGACACCCCAAACACUUCACAACUAAAUUUCUACUACAUCUCACACACUCACCCCACUCCUACAUACAUUCAAACUCUUCCCAGCCACACACACUUGCUCCUCCACUCCCCACAAACUCCUCCACAUCCUUCGACAUCUCACCUCUUUCCCAAACUCACUCACACUCACUCCCACUCCCUGCAAACUCCCCGACAUCCUUCGACACCUCAACUCCUUCCCAGACUCACACUCACUCCCUCUCACUCCUUCAUACUCCUUCUCUUUCUCCUCUCCCACUCCCUCAAACACCCAUCACCUUAGCCAAACUAUCAUCAUCCCAUCGCGUUGUGUGUGAUAUGCGAGGAUCAUUAAGACAGUUUUCUAAUAUUUUGAAAGCGAAAGUUAAUAAAUCGUGUCGUUUGUU